AGGUUAUCGUCUGUUUUACAGCCCUCUACUAUGUCCAUGGAAAAGGAAAAAAUUGUUAACGAGGAUGUUCACCGCAUUCGUAUUACUCUCACCUCCACCAAUGUGAAGGCCGUCGAGAGAGUGUGCGCUGAUAUCAAGCGCAUUGCCACCGAGAAGCAAGUGAAGGUUGCUGGACCUAUUCGUCUGCCCACCAAGUUCUUGCGCGUUACCACUCGUAAGUCCCCUUGCGGAGAGGGUACCAACACCUGGGAGCACCUCGAGAUGAGAAUCCACAAGCGUGUGAUUGAUCUGAUUGCCUCCGUUGAGGUCGUCAAGAGCAUCACCACCAUCCAGAUCGAUGCUUCUGUCCAGGUCGAAGUCACCGUUAACUAAAUACGAUUUCCAUUGGAGA